AUGUAUGGACGAACAUCACAAAGAAUAUGUAAUCAUGAUUUAACAGGUCGGACAUUCGAGAAAACAUGUGCAAAUAUUGAACAAUCGAAGUAUCAAACAAAGCUUCGUUGUCAGGACAAAUCGACAUGUCAAAUGUUAAUUGAUAAUCAAAUCUUCACAGAUCCGUGCGGGCCAACCAUCCCGAAACACUUCGAAGUUCACUAUCGAUGCAUCAACAAAGAGCAAAUCUGUUCAAGAUUGUUCGCGAAUUGUUCCAGAUCGAGAGAUAUCAGAUGUAUUCAAAGAAUUGAAGAAGACUUCUCUUGUUCAUGCCCAUCAAACAUAUGUCGAUACCAUAAUCAACAGAUAAUUGGCUUCGUCGAAAAUGUUUGUUUAGAAGAACAUCUUCAAGGAUUUCAUUGGGUUAAAACACCGAUUAACACCAGUCAAUCUCGUUCAUGUCCUUCUCCUUGUCAUGGAAAAAUUUCACGUUUUUGUCAAUCAAAUCAUCAGUGGUCAAAAGCAAAUUACACUAAUUGUGAAUGUCCGAUAAAGCAAUCCGAUCAAUUAUCAACACAUCGUCAGGCCAAUGGCUAUGUCUUUCAAUGUAAUUUUUGGCUAAUCAAUCGACUAUUGCCUAAGGAGAAUUUAUGCAUUCUUUCAUUUGCCAAUUGGAACGAACCGACGAAUGAUGAUGAUGAUGGGAAUAGUCAAUCAUUCGAUUGCCUUCUAAGUGCCUUCAAAGGAAUGACAUUUUCAUCGUGUUUGGGAACGAGUUCCUUUGGAAUUGAUUUUCAGAAUUUCAUCUUUGAAAUUCACUUUCCGAAAUUCAAUCAAAGUCAAAUUCAUUUCUUAGCAAAUAAUUACGAUCGAGAAAGUAACAUUCCAUUUAAUCGAAUUCUCCUCGACCGAACGGAUAUUAUCAAAGAACAUUCUCAUGCUAAUUUACCCAUGAUGGUUAUCGAUACGAAAAAUCAAUCAGUUAUUUUAAUUGAACAAGGAAAUGAUUUCAAUUUAGUACAGACAGGCAACGUGACCGUGAUGUUUCGGCGACCGCCAUCAGAUUCCUAUUAUUAUCAAUGUCGCGCUUAUCGUUCGACGAAUUUCUCAUUCGAAUUCGAUUCGACAAAUAUGUUUUUUGCAUGUCAAUCAAUGUGUUCGAACGCUAGUCAUGUUAUAUGUCAAUGUCCAUUUUUCAAUCCAUUCAUGCAUUAUCACUUGCACAUCGAUAAGUCAAGAGCAAGAAAUGAUUUCAAUGACGAGUGUUUAGACGAGAUCAAUCAGUCGAUUGAUGAGAGUUUAAAUAGAAUCGAUCGAUAUCUGAAGAAUAUCUCAUCAAUCCAAUCUGCUAAAAAACUUCUUGCAUUUAUUGAUAAACUAGUUGAGCGAGAAUAUAAUUGGAAUGUGACUUAUCGAAUGAUUAAACAAAUGGAAUAUCUCGGCUUGAAAAUACUUCGCUUAUCGAAAUCAUUCACUUCGAUACAUUCUCAUAUUGAAUUCUCUAUUGAAUCGAAAAAGAUUCGAUUUCAAAAUUCGGAUCAGUCCGUGUCGAUCUCAUUUCCCAGCGAGAAAAUUCUCGAUGCCAAGUUUCAGUUGAUAUUCUUCACCAUUCAAACAAAUACAUUAAAUAGUCAAUUGGUGACUGUUUAUUCUUCACCGAAAGGUCAAGUGAAUGAAGAUAUUCAAAUCGAAUUUCGUCAUUUGAAUGCAUCUGAUCGAAUUCCAACUUGUGCCUAUUUGAAAACUUUCGAAAAUGUUGUGCAAUGGGCUACUGAUGGUUGUCAAUUAGUAUCAACAAAUUCAACCCAUUCGAUAUGUUUAUGUAAUCAUCUGAGCACGUUCGCACUAUUAACAAACUUUGAAAAGCCGAUAAGCAAAUGGACGAGAAAUCAGACGCUGUCGAUAUCGAAACUUGGCUGUGUAAUAUCCAUUUUAUGUCUUCUACUCACAAUUAUUCUACUGAUUAUCAUACGAUCCCGUACGAAUGUUGAUGAUGAUUUGACAACUGUUCGAAGUAUUCUUCAUACAAAUAUGUUGUUGUGUUUAAUUAUUGUCCAAAUAUUAUUCCUGUUUGGUAUUGAUCAAACGAAAUAUAAAUUCGGAUGUCGAAUUAUAUCGAUUCUAUUGGAUUAUUUCCUCCUUGCGAGUAUCUCCUGGAUGUUCGUCGAUGGCAUCGAAUUGUUAAUCGCUCUAAAACAUGUAUUUAAAAUCGAUCGUAUACGUUUAAUUGCUUAUUCUUUAUAUUCAUAUGGAUUUCCGUUAUUAAUCGUGUUUCUUUCCAUAUCAUUGUCAGCAAAAAUCGAUAACGAGUCGAAUCAAUAUUGUUGGUUAUCACAUGAUAAUUCAUUUAUUUGGGCAUUCGCAAUACCGUUUAUCCUUUUAAUACUUGCGAACCUUUGUUUUCUGAUGAUAUCAAUCUACUCGAUAUGUAGCAAAUUGAAACCAUCGGAAUACAUUAGUCAAAUCAGAAGUUCAUUGCGUGAUAUGUCGAUCAUAUCGAUUCUAUUUGGUUUAACGUGGAUAAUUGCAUUAGUUUAUCUCUAUAGUCAAACAAUAUCAUUUGCAUAUAUCUUUACUCUAUUGAAUUCUGUUCAUGGACUAUCGAUAUUCAUCUUUUAUGGUUUGAUACAAAAACAUAUUCGAAAUUCUUUCGGCAAGUUUUGCUGUCGGAACAAAGCUCAUUCCUCGUGGCUUCGCUGUUUUAUGAAAUCAAAUGAAAAUUCAAAUCACCUGCAUACAAAAUCACUUGAACAUUUUUCGCUACCAGACAAUACAAGUAGCAGCGGUUACAGUUCAGCACACUCAUCCGACCUUAACAAUAAGCAGCUUUUAUGCAAUCAAACUUUAGAUUAUUCGACUCAUUUAUCUCGGCCGAUAUCUUUUCAUAAUCAAUACAACAGACGAUCAUGUUUAGUUCAUGAAACUUCUUAUUUACCGAGUAUACCGAAUAACUUAUUACCGAAUCGCUUGAGUACGUUUCGAUAUCAACUACCAGCAAAUGAGACUCGUAUCUCUCACGAACAGAAUGAACAAUUGCUUCAAAAAACUCAAAUUCAUGAUGAAGAUCAUCAGUAUUAUGAGAUUGGUUAA